AUGACUGAAAUGUCCUGUCAGGGGUCUAUAUGGCCCAUAAUUUCGAGCAUAAGUGGCUCUGUGUCAUUUUUCAGUUCAUUCAUCUCUCUAUUCCCACAAAUCAUCGAGACAUUUCGCGAUAAGACCGUAGAAGGUCUUUCACCUUAUUUCCUACUAGCAUGGGUCGCUGGCGAUAUCACCACUUUGAGUGGGGCAAUCUUGACUAAGCAGCUGCUAUUUCAAGUUGUUAUGGCCGCAUAUUUUCUGGCGAACGACCUAUUCGUAUGUGGACAGUAUUACUAUUAUGGGAUUCUAUACCAAAACAGAUUAGCAACUACUGGUCACGAAUCUAAACCUCGAAUUACAGAAGAAAAUGAAAUGGGGGCCACUAGCGGAAGAAGUACAAAGAACUCUGCCAUUGCAAGUGCUCUAGCGGUCGCAAGCACGAUUGGAACUGCUGAAGCGCUUCCAGUUAAAACAAUGAUAGCGAGCAUAAUAUACAAUAAAACAGCUCCAGCUACACCACCUGAUAAUGGUUCCGAUUCAGAUGUCGGAAGAGCACUUUCAUGGGCUGGAGCUGUCUUUUACGUUGGCGCCCGUAUUCCACAAUUGUGGAAGAACUACAAAAGAAAAUCCACCGAUGGUAUCGCACCAUUUCUAUUCAUCACGACUCUAUUGUGCAAUUUGACCUACGAUCUGAACAUUUUGACAAGUUGUGAAUUUAUCGGCAGUACUGAUCGUAAGGCCUUUAUAUCAAAUGCUUUACCUUUCCUUCUAGGAGCUUCAAUAACGAUCCUACUCGAUAUGAUCUACUUUUAUCAGCACUAUGUGCUCUACGCUUCAGACAUGAGGUUAAGAGCUCUCGAAUGCGAACAGGCACAGUCAGAAGUUGCAGAGACUAGCCCUCUCUUACACCCACAGCAGCACUGA